CUCCAGUCUGGCCCUGGUCGCUCGGUUGGCCAGCAAAUUCCCAUCCUAAGCCUGCACUAUCAAACCGAAGCAUUCAACUACAUUAUUUCCACAACUCCCCUGCCCUUCCCGGUCAUCCACAACACGUUCGGGAGGGUGCGACACGGCCAAAAUGGUUCGUAUCAAGGAGCGCUAUCUUCUUGUAGACAUCGUCUAUCCUGAGGCUGCCCAGAACCAGGCAAAGACGGGCUUACCCGACAUUCUCGUUUACAACCAGCCUACCGCCAACGCCUGCAAUGCUCGGUCCAUCCAAUACGCUAUCAAGGCACAGGUCACAGAUCUUUUCGGUGACUUUGGCGCCGGCGCAGUUGAGCGCAGCCUUAGAGUCAAGUAUCUCUCAAAUGCGACGUCAACCUGCAUUCUCCAGUGCUCAAGAGAGCACUACCGCCUGGUCUGGGCGGCUCUUACCAUAAUGAAGCACGUGCCGACCAAGCAGGGCCCCGGUCUUCCUUGUAUUUUUCGAGUUGUGCGCGUCAGCGGCACGAUUAAGAAGGUCGAGGAAGAGGCCAUUCGGCGAGCGAAACAGAUGAUCCUUGCGGCCAAAGACGAGAUGGCUGGGAAGGAAACUGACGCGCUCAACACCUUAUUCGGGGCGAAUGACGCCGCUGCCGAUGUGGCCAUGAUCGACCGUGGUGACGACUUCGACCCUGACUCCGGCGAAUCUGAAGGGAAUGAUUGAAGCCCCUCAUUUCUUCUUCCGAGUAACCUUGACGCCUAACUCUGAAGCAAGCGGCAUGGGCAUGUCGUCGAAAUCAGGGUCAUCAACACCAGCCUGUCCCAUCGGGCCCGCGCUCUCUUCUCUGAGCCUGGCCUGUUCUUCCUCCACCUUAGCCUCAGCUGCAUCAUACUCAUCCUUCUGGUCAACCCAUCGCUCUUGUAUGUCCUCGACAUCAAGCAUGGACGGUUCGUUUCGCAUCGCAACCUGCCAGACAGUGUCGUUGGCUCCCUCCGCGCCCCCGAAAACAUAUCCGCCUGCACGGUCGAUUACUUUCAGUAAGUGCAUCACACUCUUCUUGUUCUCGAUAGCCAGAACCUCGAACUGAACCAAGGCAAAGCUUUCCACCAGAUUUGCGACCGCUUCGUUUAGCGCCUUGAACUUUUCGCUUCGCAGCGCAGGCGACUCUUCCUCAAGGCUCGGCAGGAGAUACGAGAGAUCUUGCACUUCGGUGUAAAAAUCGAGAUUGAAAGGCAACGGGUCAUAUGAUGAGACUUUGUCGAUCUUGGUGAGGACGUUGAUGUGUGGCAGAUCCAUCUGCAGCAUGGCUCGGAGCGCGAGCAAGAGGUUGGACAGGUAGAGUGAAGGCUGGGUCAAGCAGAAACUGUCGGAGAGGUGUAGGACGACCAACUAGUCUUCCGUCAGCAUACCUUGGAGGGCCAUAAGGGGGGAACCAGCGGCAACGGACCCGGAACCCCAUCUUCUGGAGCUUAAAGAAGAUGUUGCGUAAGGAGUUGUGAUGCGUGUAGAGCUCGACCUGGCCGGGACAGUCGAAGAGAAUAUAAUCCUCGCCCAACUCUUUCAGCCCCUCCUCGAGCCACUCAAAAUUAUGUUCCAGCUCCUCGAGGGCGUAGAGAACCCCGCCGUUCGGCCCCAGGUUGUCGUUGCCCAUGAUCUCCUCCAACGUGACGAGGUCGCGGAUGUCUAGAGCGCAUGGAUAACUUGUCUUGUCGUUCGCAGGGUCGAGAUUAACAACUGAACACUGUCUGCCUAUUGCGCCCAUGAACUGGUGCA